GAGCAAAUAUAAUAUUACUAAGCACAACUUUAGGCCUUAAUUGACCCCUAUAAUUAGAGUAAUUUCCUUUGCUAAUUCUUGAAAAUCCCAAGCAACUAACACUCCACCUUACAAAACACAAGAUGAGGGUGUUAGCUCGAGCUAAUAUAAUCAUGCUCAAGCAUUUCUUCCUCUUCCCCUUUUUGUUAGCCUCGGCUUAUGCUUUAUCUUCAUCCCCCUCCGUCAUUAUUGUCGGCGCCGGAAUGUCAGGGAUUUCGGCGGCAAAAAGACUUCAAGAUGCAGGGAUCAAAGAUUUCCUAAUACUAGAGGCAACCGAUCGAAUCGGUGGCCGAAUCAAGAAGACUCAAUUCGCAGGACAUACAGUUGAGAUGGGAGCAAAUUGGCUUCAUGGAGUAGGAGGUCCAAAGAGAAACCCUCUCUAUGAAAUGUCUAAAAAAAUUCACCUUAAAAAAUUUUACUCCGACUUCAACAAUGUCUCACUCAACACCUAUAAGCAAGAGGGUGGAAAGUACAAGGAAAAUGAGGUAGAUGCUGCGUUUAGUAAAGCUGAAAAAACAUUAGACUAUGGUGAAAAGCUCUCAAAGGUUUUGAAUUCGAAGAAUAAUGGGGAUGAUAUGUCCAUUUUGAGUCUUGAACGCCUCCAGAAAACCGAUCCAAGAAGUACCCUAGAAAAAAUGGUGGAUUUCUUCACUUUCGAUGGAGAACAAGCAGAGGCACCAAGGGUAACAAGCUUGAGGCAUGUACUACCAAUGACCGAGUCCCAUGAUUUUGGUGAAAAUGCAUACUUUGUAGCUGACUCUAGGGGUUUUGAGAGCUUGGUUCAUCUUAUUGCCAAACAAUUCCUCUCCUACAAAAAUGGUGCUAUCAAUGAUCCUAGAGUCAAAUUUAAUCAGGUUGUCACAGAGAUUGACCAAUCAAAAGGUGGAGUAACGGUAAGAACGGAAGAUGGGAAGCAAUACCAUGCCAAACUCGUUAUUCUGUCUCCUAGCCUUGGUGUGUUACAAAGUGAACUUAUCAGCUACAAACCAGAACUUCCUCUAUGGAAGAGGCGCGCAAUCGCAGAGUUUAGCAUUGGAGUUUAUACCAAGAUAUUCCUCAAGUUUCCCCGUACAUUUUGGCCUGUUGGCAACAGCACUGAAUUUUUCUUUUAUGUUCAUGAACGACGAGGAUAUUACGCGAUUUGGCAGCAUUUGGAUAACGAAUAUCCAGGAUCGAACGUUAUGUUUGUAACAUUAACAGACGACGAGGCUAUAAGAGUAGAGCAACAAUCCGAUGAAGAAACAAAAGCAGAAGCAAUUGAAGUAUUGAGAAAAAUGUUUGGGAAAAACAUCCCUGACGCAACACAUAUUAUGAUUCCUCGUUGGAAAUCUGAUAGAUUUUACCGUGGUUGUUUCACUAAUUGGCCGGUUGGCUAUCCUCAAGAGCGCCAUGACCAGUUGAGGGCUCCAUUUGGUAAAAUAUACUUCACAGGAGAGCAUACACACCCCAAAUUAUUUGGAUAUGCCGACGGUGCAUAUUAUUCAGGUGCUGAUACUGCAAAGGAUGUAAUAAAAUGCUUGAGGAAUAAGAGUUGCAGUGGAUAGCUGAGCUCCAAACAAGAAUAACUAUGGCCUGGGUUUCUGUCCUUAAUUAAUUAUUACGGAGUAAUUAAUUAAUAUUGUUGGAUUAUAAAUUCAUUAAUAUUCCGUACUAUACUGAUUAGGACUCUGGAAAAGAGUUUUGAUGUGCCAUCUCAAUUAUCAAUGUGAUAUUUUUGUAUGAAACUUUCUUAAUUGUCAAUUUGUCAUUGGAGUACUAGUGAUUUUCCUAUAUUCGUAUUUAUUUAUGUGUGAGAAUUAGUUUAAUUUGUAAAGGUUGUCAAAGAAAUUGACCCAUGAAAAGGUAGUGUAAAGUAAAAAACGGAAGAUGGAAAUUUAAGAAAUAUUGUGUCAA